UUACUGAGCUAGUAAUCCAGAGGUUUGGACUAAUGAUCCACAUCAAUUUAGGAGAUAUGAGUUUAAAUCCCACCAUGGCAGCUGGGGAGUUCCACAUGCAAUAUUUUUAUUCAAAAUUUAUUUUGUUAACUGAAUUGCUUAUGGUGACCAUGAAACUACCAGACGGUCAUUAAAAACUGGUUCAAUAUUGCCUGUUGGGGGAAGGAAAUCUGCCGUCCUGCCUGACACCAAUCUCUUAAUUGCCCUCUGAAAUGGCCCAUCAAGCUCACCACCAUCUCUUGAGGGGCAAUUCAGUAUGGGGUAUAAAUGCUGGUCUUACCUUUGAUGUCUACGUCCCGUGAAUGGCCAUUUGUUUAUUUAUCAUCUUGAAGGUACAUUGAAUGAGAAUUGUUCAUCUGUGUUUGCGGAAAGCUGACCAAAAGUUGGUGAUCCUCAAACAGAUCCCCGUGGAGCAGAUGACUAAAGAUGAGAGAUUGGCUGCUCAGAAUGAAUGCCAAGUACUUAAGCUCCUCAACCACCCAAACAUAAUUGAGUACUAUGAAAACUUCCUGGAGGACAAAGCAUUGAUGAUAGCCAUGGAAUAUGCACCAGGAGGCACUUUGGCUGAGUAUAUCCAGAAGCGCAACUCCUUGUUAGAUGAAGAGACCAUCUUGCAUUUCUUUGUACAGAUCCUUUUGGCCCUCCACCAUGUACACAACAAACUUAUCCUGCACCGAGAUCUGAAAACACAGAAUAUCCUGCUUGAUAAGUAUCAAAUGAUAGUGAAGAUCGGUGACUUUGGCAUCUCGAAGAUCCUAAGCAGCAAAAGCAAAGCCUACACAGUGGUGGGAACUCCAUGUUACAUCUCUCCAGAAUUGUGUGAAGGAAAGCCUUACAACCAAAAGAGUGAUAUCUGGGCGCUGGGCUGCGUUUUAUAUGAGCUGGCCAGUCUGAAGAGGGCAUUUGAAGCUGCUAAUCUGCCAGCUCUGGUGCUGAAGAUCAUGAGUGGCACAUUUGCCCCCAUAUCUGACCAGUACAGCCCUGAGCUGCGCCAGCUGAUUUUGAGCAUGCUGAGCCUUGACCCCUCCAAACGCCCUCAGCUCAGUGAGAUAAUGGCUCAGCCAAUUUGCAUCCGGGCUCUUCUGAAUCUCUACACUGACAUUGGCAGCGUCAAGAUGAGGAGAAUUGAAAAACCAUUAUCGACAGUAGCACCUGCUUCCCACAGGCGGGCUGGUGGAAGGGUCAACAGUGCUAGGUCAAGAGGUGGGUUCCUUGCACACUCCAGUAAGUCAGGAAUACCUCUUCCCCUUUCCACUGUGUAUACCUGGGGAAGUGGAAUCACUUCUCCUCUCAGGCUGCCAAUGCUGAACACUGAAGUAGUGCAGGUCUCUGCUGGGAGAACUCAAAAGGCAGGGGUGACCAGAUCAGGACGACUUAUCAUGUGGGAGGCUCCUCCUGUAGGUGCUGGAGAUGCAUCCCUCCCUGGUUCCAUGGAACAGACCCAGCCCCAGUUUAUCUCUAGAUUUCUAGAAGGUCAGUCUGGAGUGGCAAUCAAGCACGUCUCUUGUGGAGACCUCUUUACAGCAUGCCUUACAGACAGAGGGAUAAUAAUGUCAUUUGGAAAUGGUAGCAAUGGUUGUCUGGGUCAUGGCACUUUUAAUGAUGUCACUCAGCCCAAAAUUGUUGAGGCAUUGCUUGGAUAUGAGAUUGCCCAGGUUUCGUGUGGGGCAUCACAUGUUUUGGCAGCAACCAAUGACCGCGAAGUGUUCUCAUGGGGAAGAGGAGACAAUGGUCGGCUUGGCUUGAAAACUCAGGAGUCACACAAUUCUCCUCAGCAAGUGAAUGUUCCUUCCGAACAUGAGGCCCAGAAAGUUUUGUGUGGCAUUGACUGUUCAAUGAUUCUCACAACACGGAAUCACAUAUUGGCCUGUGGGAGUAACAGAUUCAACAAGCUUGGUUUGGAUAACUUAACUGCAGCAGAGGAUCCUCAUCCUUCUAGUCAAGUUGAAGAAGUUCAUAUUUUCACUCCUGUGCAAUCAUACCCCCUUAAUGAAGGAAAUAUUGUGCAUGUGGAUGUUGGGACAGCUCACUCUGCAGCGACUACAGAAGCUGGAGAAUGUUAUACGUUUGGCAGUAACCAACAUGGACAACUAGGCACCAGCACACGCCAUAAUAAUCGAUUGCCAUAUUUGGUCUCUGACCUGCGUGGGGUAAAGGUUACCAUGGUAGCUUGUGGUGAUGCUUUCACAGUAGCGAUUGGAGCAGAAGGUGAAGUGUAUACCUGGGGAAAGGGUGCCAGAGGAAGACUGGGAAGGAAAGAAGAAGACACUGGGAUACCUAAACAAGUGCAGCUGGUUGAAAGUAAUCCUUAUUUUGUUACCUCUGUCGCAUGUUGUCAUGGAAACACAUUGCUGGCAGUAAAACCUUUGGGCGAUGAAUCCAUUCCAAGAUGACCUGAAAUAUUCAGCUUGAAGCUGGUGUUUUUGCUCUGGAUCAGAGAAUGACUGGAACUAGACAAAACUGGAAGAAAAGAUGACCAACCUGAAAGAAUGGUCUUGCUUCUUCAGCAGCACUCUAGGUGCUUUUUUUGUAUAAUUACCACGGCAUGACUGGUAUUGUUGGCUUUGGGAAUAGGCAUCGAAUAACCAAGUAUUCCCAUAUCUUCACAUUCUGUUUUGAUACUGAAAUUCCAUACUACAAUAUAAGUAUGUGUAAUUUCCUAAUACAUGUGCUAUUGCUAUACUUUGCUAAAUGGUUCUUUAAUGAGACAGUUAAGACCACAGAAUGCCUGGUUGUCACAUGCAGAACUUUGCCAUUAAUGCGUUAAUAUAUCCCAGCAUUAGGAAACUUUUCUGCGAGUUGGGCCUCCUCUAUUAAUUCCUUUGGUAUUAGCAGUAAACUAAGACGCGGAGUUAAAUGCAACCAGAUUUGUGGUUUGUUAGCAGUGCCAGGUAUUCAGUCCAGUAAUGAGCAUGAUGACAUGUAACAUAGGACCAGAGAAAGUAGCUGCAAGUUAAAUUUUGUGCAGACAUUUGUAAUUUUCUACAGCUUAUUAUGACAUUUUCUGGGACCUGGUCCAGGGUGUUUUUUGGUAUUUAUUUGGGUAGAAAAUCAAAUGGGUUUCACAGCUGCCACUGAAAGUCACCAGUAAAUUAGUUUGUUCAAAUGGCUCAUGUUAGCCUUCACAGUUCGUACUUGAAAGGUGCUCUGUGAUGGUAGAAUGCUCCCCAUCAACAGUAUUAAAGACAGACGCUCCAAGAGUUCAGUGACUUGAACAAUUUAAUGGACAGAAUUUAAUUGGAUUUAAAUAAAGCUGAUUUGCUUCCAUUUCUGGAUAUAGUGAAAUCAGACUUGUAACCAUUCACUUGUUUCCCACCGCCAUAUUACUUGAAGACACAGAUUCACAUUCAGUGUAAUAUCACAGGUGCGUUUUGAUGUAGUGGCCAUUUUGUCCUGUAUGAACCCAGGCAGUGAGCAUUAGCAGGCUAUUUGACUAUGGAAAGUAUUAAUACCAAUCAUGACUGCACCCACUGUCCUCUCUUGUACUUCCCAGCUGGGGUGACUGAUUAGUGAGCAGGAACAGGAGCCACUGUUGAUUUUUUUCCUCCCUUUUGGGAGCACUGAGAGCAAUUGCUUUCCUCUGAGUAAAAAAAAUCUCCACAUUGGAGCACCUUCUGGUUCAGUGGUUCACUGAACCACUGAAAGAUGUUGGCCCUUUAAAAAUCAUGUAAGGAGUUUUCCUUCUGAGUAUUCGGUUGUAAUCCUGAUUAACCGAUGCAAUAUGCAGUAUUUUAAUUUCUUUGUACAGUGACCAGAUGCCUAGUUGCCACUGAACAAAAUCUGUUCUGUUUAGUUAUUCUGCACAUGCAAUAGGAUUAUUAAAAAUCAUCAGGUUUGUACCAUUGAGGGCUCAUAUCCUCAUUUAAAAUUUAGCUCAUUGGGUCUGUACAAGUGGCAGAAGCUUCAGCCAUGCUACCAUAUUAGAAAUCUUGGAAGCUCAUACACUGUAUCACAUUUGCUUGUUGUAAUUCUUUGCCUGUUGUAUUUUCCAGAAAUGCACUUUAAUGCACAAGAACAUCAAUCUAUUUGUAGUCCAUUUUAGUCUGACAGGAAAUUACAUCGAGAAUAAUGGAUACCUGUGAGUGAGUUACAAGACUAUAACCCAAUCAAGGAAUGUGAUAAACAUCUCUGAACACUAUCUGAAUACUUAAUUUUAGGUUACUGUUUUGUAAUUCAGUCCCUGGUGUCUAUACUUUUGCAUAAAAUACACAUUGAGGAUGGAGUUCAAGCUUUAAAUGUUUCAUUAUGCUGGGUCUCUGUAAUCAAUGCUAAUUUUCAGUUGCUCUUAUAUCCUCUAAAUUCGGAUUCUAUGGUACCAGUGUAGAGGACUGCUAUGAGGCUACAGAAAAUGGAUUUAACCGUGUAAAUGCUGGGAAACAGCUCAUGGACAUGGAAAUCUGAAUUAAAACAGAUAAUCUCAGUUUA